ACAUGUCUUUAACUGUGGCUUUGUUUUAUUAGCUGGACCCUCUGAACUAUCAAUUAUACUCACUAACACGGUGAAUAUAAUUGUGACUGUGUUCAAAUGGUUGAGAGCAUUCAAACAGAGAGAAAGAGAGAGAGGGAGAGAGAGAGAGAGAGAAAUGGCGCAGACAGUGUUUAAUUAGUGGGAUCCAGGUGAAGGUGAUAAUCACUCAUGUGGUGGACACAUUUCACUACAGAGACAAAGGAAAAGUUGAGGUGCACUCAGAUGGAUUAUGCUAUGAAGUCUCUCAGCCUUUUGACUCCAUCCUCCCUCUCCAAGUGUGUGACUGCCAGCAUGUCCGCCAGCGCCUCCAUGACCCAGCAGCUCCUGUCAGGUCGAGCUCCUCGAACGAAACCCUUCAGAGUCACGAAUGCUGACCGGAGCGUGAAGAAGGGCAUCAUGGCCGACACGCUACAAGACCUGAUGAACAAGGCCAGCGACUCGUUGAGCGUCCCGUGUGUCGGUGCGUUGGUUCUGGGUGAAGACGGCACGGGUGUGGACACAGAGGAGUUCUUCCAGACGCUGCCUGACAACACGGUCCUCGUGCUGCUGGAAGAAGGACAGAAGUGGAGCCAACAUCCAAACAGCCCCUCCAGAGAUCAGCUCUGUGAGGAGAGGCCGCCGCACCGGACAGAUGUGGCCAAGCUGACCCUCGACCUCUACAAGAACAACCCCAGUGAUUUCAUUGGCUGCCUGAACAUGAAGGCGACACUGUACGGGGCUUAUUCCGUGUCCUAUGACCUGCGCUGUUAUGCUGCCAAAAAUAUGUUGAAGGAGGCUCUGCGAUGGACCAUCUUCUCCAUGCAGGCCACAGGCCACAUCCUGCUGGGCUCGUCCUGCUACAUCGAGCAGCUGCUGGAGGAGGAGGAGCAGGCAGAGAAGAGCCUGGCGCUGCCACAGGAGAGCAGGAUCAGGCAGCUGCAGAGCAUGCUGCUGGGAAAGAUCUCCUACUGACGAUGGACUGCAUGGCACAGGGGACAUAUUGUCCAAUUCUUAGAUUGAGCGCACAGAUGAAACAAUCGAUAUCUACCUGAUCAUACCACUCAUUCCUGUGCAGUUUGGAAACAUGGCAGAUGUUGCAACAGCUCAUGCCUCACAGACACUUUCUUGCUCUGUUACGUUGUUUUAUCACACACUACAAGUUAUUCCUCAGAAAACGCUUUUACUCACUAUUAUGACAUUUUCCUUUGGAGAUGAAUAAAUAAAACUUUAUUAUUUUCCACACCUGAAGGUUCACUUAAGUCGACUUGCGUGACAUCCACAAGUGCUCUUAGAUGUGCAGUGUUGCCCAUUAGACUGGUGCUUGUGUAUGGUUCCUGGUCACAGUCGGUUUAAUUGGCAACAGGUCCAGCUGGCUCUCCCACGCUUCUCUAAUUGUCCCCAAGCCUGCACUGUCCUGUCAGCUGCAGCCUCUGCCUCCGAGUCGCAGGCGAAUAGAAGGGGAAUAGCAAGCAGCUGCAGGAGGCGAGGGAGGGAAGCGAACCAUUAUACACAGAGAGAGGGGGAGAGAGGCUUCAGCUGGCCACAGAAAUGCCACUUUUUCCAUCUUGUCAUGGAAAGUGGGGGAAAAAAAGCUGGUCAGGUUUUAAACAAAUUGGCUGUCGGACAUAUGAAGCAGAAACCUCUGAUGUGAGGAUUCAGUGGUUAAGAGAUGAAGCGUCACUGUGGCCCAGCGUCUUCUCUUGUCCACUGGUUGUUAGAAGCUGAGUCAGCUGGUCAUUUCUGUUUCAGUCAAUGUUAACAUGAAGUUCAAUAAAUACCCUUUGGAUAACA